CAAUGUUAGAUGAGUGGAUUUGAAAAAGAAAUAUGUGGAAAAAUUAAUUGAUCCAACGGUCAGGAUUUAAGGAAAAAAACAUAUUAAUAAUGUUGGGAAGAAAACAGAAAGUAUAGUUGCAGGAGUAUUUUUGGUCCGAAUAGAGAGGUGAAGUGGAGACAGAUUUUCAAGGAAUGGAAGAGGAAGAGAGAAGAAGAAGGACCAUCACACCUUUUCAAUAUCUACUUUACAGAACAUUCAGUCAUCCAAUUCAACCUUCUCUACCUUCCCUAAACCCUUCUCAUCUUCCCUCUCUACUCUCCACAAUCUAUCUUCUUCUUCUUCUUUCUCACUAAUUAUCAUCCACAAUGGACGCAACAAAGCUAAUUCUAUGCCGCGCUCGGGACAGUAAAGAGGACGUUUUCAACCCUCUCAUCGCAACCACCACGCAGAUGGGCUGUAUUUUGUUCCUCUCCCAUGUCUUCUACCUCUUCUUGAAGCCCCUCGGACAACCUGGACCUAUUGCACAAAUUCUCGCUGGAAUUGUGCUGAGUCCAUCAUUGCUCUCUCGUGUAACCGAAGUUCGACAAUUCUUCAUUCAAACGUCGUCAGCUGGUUACUAUUCUGUAUUUUCAUUCUUUUUCAGGACGAUCUUCAUGUUCUUGAUAGGUUUAGAGGUGGAUAAGGCUUUCCUAAAACGUAACUUGCAUAAAGCCAGGACCAUUGCACUUGGAGCAACCAUAAUCUGCACAAUUCUUGGGGCAGCCUUCGCCUGGUUGAUGGUCUUCCUACUGGGAGUCGAUCAUAAUGUUUUCAUGUUCGUCCUCGUUUUCAUGAUCAUCGUCUCUAGCUCGGCUUCCCCUCUGCUAGCCAGGGUCGUAAUUGAUAUGAAACUAGACACAUCUAACGUAGGGAGACUGGCAAUUUGUGCUUCUUUGAUAAUCGAAAUGUCUUGUGUUCUUGUAUUCACCAUUCUUGAUUAUAUCUUUUCUAAAAAGAGCUUCAGUAUUUUUUUCCUCCACUGUUUUCUCACAUUGUUACUUGCGAUAGUCAAUAGGUAUUUAGUCCCUUGGGUUAAUUCAUGGAAUGCCAAGGAAAAGUAUCUGACAAAUCCCCAGGUUGUGUGUUUUAGUCUUCCUAUUCUCAUAUUGUCAAUAAGUACUGAAAACAAUGGCAUCAGUAGCAUUCUUCCUUGUUUCCUCAUAGGCUUUGCAUUUCCUAGACAGGGCAAAGCUGCUAGGACUUUUUUGCGUAAACUGACCUAUCCUGUUUAUGAAUUUAUCCUCCCAAUUUUUUAUGGCUACAUUGGCUUCCAGUUCAAUGUAGUAGCCAUCCGUCAUAUUCAAGAGUUAACUGUAAUCAUUGCCAUGGUCGCAAUUAGCUUGGGAGGGAAAAUCAUUGGCAUUCUAGCUGCUUGCUACUACCUCAAGAUUCCCAGGAACGAGGCCUUUUUCCUGGCUUGCAUAUUGAAUUUCAAAGGCAAUGCUUCUUUUUUGCUCAUUGAUGUGAACAAAGGCUCCAGUACAUGGUGGGGGUCUCAGGUCAGAGAGCUGCUACUUGCAGCAAUGGUGAUCAACACCCUUCUCUCCGGCUUCAUAGCUUCUUAUUUGCUGAGAACAGAGGAGAAGUACUUUGCCCACUCCUUGACCGCACUGGAAUUUCACAGCACAGAGAGCGAGCUCCGGAUGCUUGCAUGUGUUUACAGUUCCCACCAUGCUUCAGGCGCAAUAGGCCUAAUCUCUGCAUUAAGUGGGUCUACAGAAGCACCCAUCACUCCUCAGUUAGCACAUCUAGUAGAGCUACGCAAGAACCGGCGGAACAAAUUGAUGUACCACCAACUAGAAGAUGGGGAAGAGUUCAGUGAUGAGGAAACCUAUGGUGGUGAUGAUGUACUGGAGAUCAAUGACUUGGUUGAUGCCUUUACCAAGCAGAGCAAAGUUCUGAUCAGACAAAGCAAAGUUGUGUCACCAUUAAUUAGCUUGCAUGAAGAUAUGUGCAGCAGUGCUGAGAAUUCUCGAGUGUCAAUUAUAUUCCUCCCAUUUCAUAAGCACCAGAGAAUUGAUGGGAGAUUGGAGAACAGCAAUGAGGGUAUUAGAACGACAAACCAGAAGGUUCUUCGUCAUGCACCAUGCUCGGUUGGGAUUCUUGUGGACAGAAGCCAAAGUGGUUUCCAGACACCACAUGGAUCUGAAUCAGUGCAGCAAGUAGUGACCUUAUUCUUUGGUGGCCCUGAUGAUCGUGAGGCCUUGGCAUUAAGCAAAUGGAUCACCAUGCACCCUCAAAUUAACUUGACCCUCGUUCGCUUCUUACCCACGUCAACAAACAAACAGAACCCAAUCAGCAAUACCUCUAGCCAGAAUCAUGAGAUCUUAAUGUCAAUAUCAACUAACGAGACUGAAAGUGAGAGAGAUAACAGCUUCUUGGAAGAUUUUUGCAACAGGUAUGUGGUUUCGGGAGAAGUUGGAUACUUAGAGAAACAUGUAAGCGAUGGAGCUCAAACAGUGGCAACAAUAAAAGAUAUGGUAAACAUGUACUCAUUGUUUGUGGUAGGCAAAGGGAGAAGAGACUCGCUUAUAACAACUGGGAUGAGUGACUGGGAGGAAUGCCCUGAGCUUGGAACAAUUGGGGACAUCUUGGCUUCCUCUGAACUUCAAAUCAAUGCUUCUGUUUUGGUCAUUCAAAAACAUAUGCAUUUAGACAGAAGCCUUUUGGAUAACUGAUUAUAAGAAUUCACAUCUUGUAGUUGCAAACUAUAUUUAGAUAUAUAUAAAUACAUUGAUUUUUGCCUAGGAGUUGUUACAUUAACUGAAAAUGAUAUGCAUGUUUCUUGAAAAAGGUGUCACGUUACUAGCAUGGAUUUACUAGUUGGAAAUGAGGUCAAAUGCAGGAAUAUCUUGAUGAACAUGUGUAUUGUAUAUGAAUGCAUGCAGUGCAUGUGUGUGCUUGUCUGCAUUGUUGGGAUUAAUCAUGCCCUCUAUGAGGCCCAAUUCAUGACCUAGCUCGAUUCCAUUUAAAUCUGAAAGAGAGAGAGAGAGAGAAAAUUCUUUGAAAUUAUUUGUGUUAACAUGAGACUAGGUUUGACCUAGGAAAACACGACCUCCUUGUCAUCACAAUCUCUACCAAUUCCUCUUCUUCAACAAAUUCAACAAUCUUUGCACUCCCAUCUCAAAUACAUUUUUCACCUUAUUCUUUUAUCCAUCAUAUUAACACAACAAAACUUUUCUUCCUACACAAAUUCAUGGUCAUGUGGAUUGUACCAUACCACUCCCUCAUAAACCAUUCCUUCUACAAAUUCAUCAAAUUGACAUUCUUAACGUAGAAAGUAGCACCUGGUCCCUAGAGGAUUAUUUUCUUUCUUUCUUUAAUGAGGUUUUCACUCAUCUAUGCAAGUUUGAGAUGUCUUACAUUAGCCUUUUGGUUUUCUUUCCCAUACCAAAUGGCUAUAAUUACACAUGACAUUAUAGGAGCCAAAGAGGAUAGUUUGUUUCUUAGUAUCUUAAGGAAGCAAAGUUCAUUGCUGAUAAGUUAGCUAAAAUAAUUUGUUCUUUUCCAACUAUGGAACGUAAUGAUGUGAUCUUUUAGAACCUUAAUUAUGAUAUUUUUAUGUUAUCACAAGUUUAAAUAUUUAUCUUAAUCAUAUUUUAUAAUGGCUCGUAGUUUCUCCAACAAAAAAAUCACACCGCCAAACACAACUGAAUCAGAUAAUAUAAUGCAAACAUUUUAAAAUAAGAUGCAACAGAAGCUAUUCAUUCUAAUACAACAUGUAAUAUUAAUUUAUAAUCAUGAGGUUACAAAAUUCUGUAGACUCAAAAAUUAAAUACAACUUGUUCUCCAAAAAAUCAUAAUUUUCUGGAGCAUGAGGUCCACACGCGACGGGAAAAAUAGACCCUAAUGCUGAGUCUCGACUUUGUUUUAACAGAGAAGGGGGAGCCACUGUCUUACCU